AUGGAUUGUGACAAAAUAAAAUCGAAUAGUAUUUCAAAUUUUUCUGUCACAUAUGAUAGAGAAUCUGUUGCUAACAUGAAUAGUGAAAAAAGUUUAAGUAGUAGUGAAAAUGAAUCCAAUUCUUUUAUGAACAUAACUAGUAAAAAAAAUGAAAAAACAGAAAAUAAUAGUUUCCUCUUAGAUAAUAGCAGUUUUGAAAAUAUAAAAGAUAGUUUGUUAGAGUCUAUUGAUUUGAGCAUAUUAGAUUCGAAUUUGGAAACAAAAAAAGGAUUUUUUCCAAGUAACUUAUCAAAAAAUUUCAAUCAUUUAUCAAAAGAAAACAUCAGUAAUAAAUAUUUAGAUAAAUUAUUAAAUAAAAGCGAGUCUUCAUUUAUGAACAAAAAAAAAGAUAUAAAUUUAACAGAUAAUAAUGCAACGAUUCUUAACAGCAAUAAAAAAGAAAAAUUUUUGGAUUCCAUGAAUCACGUAAAUAAUGAAGAUUCUACUAUAAAUACUCUAAAAAAAUACACAAAUAAUAAUAUUAAUAAUAUAUAUGAAAAGAAGAUAAUUGAAAAUGAAUUAAAUGAUGCAAGUGAUUUUGAGAAUAUGGUAGGUGAUUUAAGAAUUACUUUUAUGAAUUGGUUGAAAAAAACUCAAAUGAAUUUUAUAAGAGAAAAGGAUAAAAUAUUUAAAGAUAAAAAGGAUCUAGAAAUGGAAAGGGUAAGAUUAUACAAAGAGUUAGAAAAUAGAAAAAAUGCAGAAGAGCAAAAAUUACUUGAAGAAAGAAAAAAAUUAGAUAUAGAUAUAGCAAAUAGCUACAAACAAAUAAAAAAAGAAAAGGAAGAACAUAGAAAAAGAUUUGAUGAAGAAAGAUUGCAAUUUCUUCAAGAAAUAGAUAAAAUAAAACUAGUGCUAUAUUUAGAAAAAGAAAAAUAUUACCAGGAGUAUAAAAAUUUUGAGAAUGAAAAAAAAAAAGUAGUUGAUGCAAACAUUGCAACUGAAACAAUGAUUGAUAUAAAUGUAGGAGGGGUAAUUUUUGAAACUUCUAGACACACGCUAACACAACAAAAAGAUUCAUUUAUAGAAAAAUUGUUAAGUGGUAGGCAUCAUGUAACCAGAGAUAAGCAAGGAAGAAUAUUUUUAGAUCGUGAUAGUGAAUUGUUUCGAAUUAUAUUAAAUUUUUUAAGAAAUCCAUUAAGUAUUCCAGUACCAAAAGAUUUAAAUGAAAGUGAAUCUUUACUAAAAGAAGCAGAAUUCUAUGGAAUUAAAUUUUUGCCAUUUCCACUAGUUUUUUGUAUAGGUGGUUUUGAUGGUGUAGAGUAUUUAAAUUCAGUGGAACUAUUAGAUAUCAGUCAACAGUGUUGGCGUAUGUGCACACCAAUGUCUACUAAAAAGGCAUAUUUUGGAAGCGCAGUUUUAAAUAAUUUUUUAUAUGUAUUUGGAGGAAAUAAUUAUGAUUAUAAGGCUUUGUUUGAAACAGAAGUAUAUGAUCGUUUAAGAGAUGUUUGGUUCGUUUCUAGCAACUUAAAUAUACCAAGAAGAAAUAACUGUGGUGUUACGUCAAAUGGAAGAAUUUAUUGUAUUGGUGGUUACGAUGGUUCCUGCAUAAUUCCAAACGUAGAAGCUUAUGAUCACAGAAUGAAAGCUUGGAUCGAAAUUGCUCCAUUAAAUACACCUAGAUCUUCAGCAAUGAGUGUAGCUUUUGAUAAUAAAAUUUAUGUUAUUGGUGGAACAAAUGGAGAGAGAUUAAAUUCAAUUGAAGUAUAUGAUGAAAAAAUGAAUAAAUGGGAACAAUUUCCUUACGCAUUGUUAGAAGCCAGAAGUUCUGGUGCAGCAUUUACAUAUUUAAAUCAAAUAUAUGUUGUUGGAGGUAUUGAUAAUGAACACAAUAUUUUGGAUUCAGUAGAACAAUAUCAGCCUUUUAACAAAAGAUGGCAAUUUUUAAGUAGUGUUCCAGAGAAAAAAAUGAAUUUUGCUUCAGCUACAUUAUCAGAUUCAUAUAUUAUAACAGGAGGAGAAAAUGGGGAUGUUUUAAAUUCUUGUCAUUUUUUCUCUCCGGAUACUAAUGAAUGGCAAAUUGGACCUUCACUACUUGUUCCAAGAUUUGGUCAUUCGGUACUAAUAGCAAAUAUAUAA